AUGGCAGAAACCGAGCGAGACACCGAGCUCCAGACUUUAGAGGCCAUAUUUCCAGAGAUACAAACGCCCAACAAGGACGACCCUUAUACCAUCGCCCUCGAACUUCCCGUCACCCCCUCGAAGCCUGUCAUUGUCUACUUUCCCACCGCUUCCAACGAUGGUCCACCUCCAGAUCCCACCGUUGGACGAGCCCCAAAUGGCGUCAACCCCCAUGCCGGCCCCGCCAUAGCUGGUGGCGGCCAACAGGGCGAACCGCAAGUUGACUCCCAUGAACUAGCCCACCUCCCAUCGAUACGGCUCGAACUUUCUUUCGGCCCCCGAUACCCCCAGGAAGAACCUCCCAAGGUUAGCAUUUCUACAAAUCCGCCAUGGCUUCCAUCCGAAACGAUCAAGAAGCUCCAGGAUGACGGUCCGAGGCUAUGGGAGGAUAUGGGCCGUGAUAUGGUCGGCUUCAGCUACAUCGACCACAUACAACAGGCGGCCGAGGAGAUAUUUGGACUGGUUGGUGACGGAGAUGCGUUGGAGGUUGACCCGAGUCACAGGAUUGCCAUUCUCGAUUACGACAUCAGAGCCAGGAGAGCUGCUUUUGAGAAGGGGACCUUUGAGUGUGGUGUAUGUCUGGAUCCCAAAAAGGGCGCCUUUUGCCACAAAAUGAUGGACUGUGGGCACGUCUUUUGCGUCGAAUGUCUCCAAGAUUUUUACAACAGCGCCAUCAAAGAGGGGAACUUGGCGGCAGUCAAAUGUCCAGCACCCAACUGCGCCAAAGAGCGUGAAAAGUCACGGUCUCCCUCGGGUCGAAAGCGGAAAAAGCCAAAGGUCUUCAUCAGCCCUAGCGAACUGCUCCAGAUCCCCAUCGACGAGAACACCGUCAGACGUUACGUGACGCUCAAAUACAAGACCGAGCUCGAGUCGGACAAGAACACGAUCUACUGUCCCCGUCAAUGGUGCAACGGUGCCGCCAGGUCGAAGAGGCAUAAACGACCUACCGGCCUCGAACUCGCCGACGCAUCAGAAGACGACGAAAGCUCGACCUCUGAAGACGAUGACGACGACGACGACGACAACGAAGAGAUGCCCGAAGGUGAAGUCGGAAAGUCGAAACCGUACAACAAGACGGAGGACCUGCUGUCGAUAUGCGACACGUGCAGCUUUGCCUUUUGCAGCAGGUGCAUGCAGUCGUGGCACGGGGAGUUUGUCGGCUGCCGGAGGCCAAAGGAGGAGCUGACGGCGGAGGAGCUGGCGACGAUUGAGUACAUGAAGGCGCACACCACCCCUUGUCCUACGUGUGCUGCCCCUGCGCAGAAGACGCACGGGUGCAACCACAUGAUUUGCUAUCGGUGCCAGACGCACUUUUGCUACUUGUGCUCUGCGUGGUUGGAUCCGGGGAAUCCGUACCAGCAUUUCAACACGGCGCCUGACGGGAGGGUGACGAGCUGUUUUAUGAGGUUGUGGGAGCUGGAGUUGGGGGAUGGGGCGGAUGUGGGUUAUGGGUUUGCGGGCGGGGGGGCGGGGAGGCCGGCGCCGCCGGUGGUGUUUGAUGAGAGGGUUGAGCAGUUUAUU